GAAGCGCGGGCCGAGCGUCCCCGCAUGGAGCGCGAGCGGAGCGCCCCGGAGGCUGCCCGGGCCGCGGCCGCGCUCUUCGCCUGGGGUGCAAAUAGCUAUGGGCAACUUGGCCUUGGCCAUAAGGAAGAUGUGCUUUUGCCCCAGCAACUGGAUGAGUUCUGUAAACCUGGGUGUGUCAGGAGGAUCACUGGAGGAGGGGGCCACUCUGCUGUCAUCACAGACGAAGGAAGACUUUUUGUCUGUGGCCUGAAUAAAGAUGGGCAACUGGGGCUUGGUCACACAGAGGAUGUUCCGUAUUUCACCCUAUGCACAUCCUUCGUCGGCUGUCCCAUCCAGCAGGUGGCCUGUGGCUGGGAUUUUACCAUUAUUCUUACAGAACAUGGUCAAGUUCUAUCAUGUGGUUCCAAUUCCUUUGGCCAAUUAGGAGUUUCUCAUGGACCUCGAAGAUGUGUGGUUCCCCAGGCCGUUGAGUUCCUGAGAGAGAAAGUUGUUAGUAUUGCUGCUGGACUGAGGCAUGCUUUAGCUGCUACAGCAAGCGGUACUGUAUUCCAGUGGGGAACUGGUAUGGCAUCAUCUGGACAGCGCUUGUGCCCUGGACAGCCUCUCCCACUGUUUUUGACAGCAAAGGAACCAAGCAGAGUGAUAGGUCUAGAGAAUUCUAAGGCAAAGUGUGUUCUUGCUGGCUCCACCCACUCGGCCUCAUUGACAGAUUCAGGAGAGCUGUAUGUUUGGGGAAGCAACAAGCAUGGGCAACUGGCCUCCCAGGCUGCUUUCCUUCCUAUGCCCCAGAAAAUAGAAGCACAGUUUUUUCAGAAUGAAAAGGUCACUGGCGUCUGGAGUGGGUGGACACACCUGGUUGCUCAGACAGAAACUGGCAAGGUGUUUACCUGGGGCCGUGCAGACUACGGUCAACUAGGGAGGAAGCUGGAAUCUCACGAAGGCCGGGAACUAGAAGAGCAGGAGCCACAGAAGAGCAUCCCCUCAUCUCUGCAUUGCUUAACAGGAGCAACCGAGGUCUCUUGUGGCUCAGAGCAUAAUCUGGCAGUGGUUGGUGGCGCCUGCUACUCCUGGGGCUGGAAUGAGCAUGGCAUGUGCGGUGACGGCACCGAAGCCAGUGUCUGUACCCCGAAACCUGUGCAGGCUCUGCGGUGGGCAUCGGGACUCCUCGUGGGCUGUGGAGCCGGCCACUCCCUGGCUCUCUGCCAACUGCCAGUUCCCUCUGCAAGGGACGAGGGCCCCAGGUCUGCUUCCUUCGACGCCACCCAGGACACUGAAUCUCGGGAAGCCAUGAUAGAGAGAGAAACUGGAAGGAAAGAACCAGAAACUUCUACUCAAAACCAACCUGACAGGUGCAGGGAUGGGGGGCUUAUGACGGAGACCCAUUAAUAAAGUCUCUUCACCACCCAAA